AGGUGAUGACUAAUGGAAGAUUCAAAAGUGUGAAGCAUAGGGUAUUGACAAACAGCUUGAAGUCAAGAAUUUCAAUGAUAUACUUUGGUGGGCCACCAUUGAGUGAGAAGAUAGCCCCUUUGCCUUCACUUAUGAAAGGAGAAGAAAGUUUGUACAAAGAGUUCACUUGGUUUGAGUACAAAAGAUCAGCUUACAAUUCCAGGUUGGCAGAUAACAGGCUUGUGCACUUUGAAAGAAUUGCAGCCUCAUAAUCCUCCCUUUCUUUCUAUUUUCAAAUAUACCCUCCAGAUUGUAAACAUCGAUGUCGAUGGAAAUAUCGAUAUCUCAAUUUCAUAGAAAUAUCGGUGGAAAUAUCGACAAUAUCAUGGAUACUCUCUCUUCAUGAGCUCCAACUCCUUUCUUCUUUUUGAUCUCUCUUUACCAAAAUGGGUUUUUUCCCCCUCUUUUCUUUUAGCUUCCAAACUUAGGGGUUAGGUGUUUGGAUAGGUGGGUUUGUUCUUUGAUUUUCUUCUCUCUCUCUCUUGUUUACCAUAGUUUCUCUUUCCUUGUAAUUACACUCUUUAUCUUUCCUCAUAAUACAAAAAGUGUACCCAUUGUUUUGAUA